ACCCCUCACUCGCGCGAAAACGAUUGAACUUGGCGAACGUGCUUCGUACCCUUUCGCCAAGGGUCGUGUGACCUGCAGAAAAUUCAAUAUUCAUGCAGCUUUUUUAUUCGAUAAUCGAAUGGAAGUUUUGUGCGGUUUUGUUAAGCUUUUGAUGGUACAUUAGUUUUUCGUUCGUGUUUUUUUAUACGUGUUCUUUGUGGUACUAUUGAGUAGUAAUUGUGAAAUUGUUUACUAACGGUUGUUUGUCAAUAAUCCUGAAGAAUCCCGUUUAGAAUCCAUACGGCAAAAAGUGGAUACAAACCUUGCUAUUAUGGCUGUUCCAAACGGCAAUUCUGAGAACAGUGCACAAGGAGAAUUGAACCUUGUUAUUUGAGACAGAGAGUUCAGUUCUGCUUGCAGAACGGAGCAGGAAGGCAUGUUGAAGGAACGAGAGAGUUCGGAAGACUCCCCCGCGGCGCCUGACGAGUGCGCGGGGUGCGGGGGGAGAAUACAAGACAGAUAUUACCUACUAGCAGUGGACCGACAGUGGCAUGGCACCUGCCUCCGCUGCUGCGAGUGCCGGCUGCCCCUCGACACGGAGCUCACAUGCUUCUCCAGAGACGGGAACAUUUACUGCAAGGAAGAUUAUUACAGAUUGUUCUGUGUCAAACGCUGUGCUCGCUGCGGCAACGGGAUCACAGCGAACGAGCUCGUGAUGAGGGCACGGGAUCUCGUCUACCACCUCACUUGCUUCACGUGUGUGGCUUGUGGCUCGCAGCUGUCUAAAGGCGAUGUCUUCGGUAUGCGGGAUGGGCUGGUAUACUGCCGACCCCAUUAUGAUAGUGCCUGCCUUGAUGAUUAUUGUGAUGAAGAUAUGACCAGCGUUUAUAGGUGUCAAGAUCUACACAGUGAAGGUGACUCACCGUCCCAGUACUACAACGGAGGGCCGAGCCAGAAAGGACGGCCCCGUAAGCGGAAACUCGCCCAAGGCUCUCCAGACGACAUGCAAGUCCAAACAAUGAGGAUGGCUAGCACAGCUCUAGAAAUACUUCACCGUGGCGAUCUAUCGUCUUCAAUGGAGUCCCUGGCUUAUGACUCGUCAGUGGCCUCUCCUGGCUCCGUCUCAAGCCACACGCAACGCACCAAACGCAUGCGCACCAGCUUCAAGCACCAUCAGCUUAGAACUAUGAAAUCUUACUUCGCUAUCAAUCAGAACCCUGACGCUAAAGAUCUUAAGCAGCUGGCUCAGAAGACUGGACUUUCUAAGCGAGUGUUACAAGUCUGGUUCCAAAACGCCCGAGCAAAGUGGCGCCGUAACAUGAUGCGGCAGGAAUCGAGCAAUGGCCCAGGCCACUCCAACGGGUCCAUCCUCCCAGGGUCGGGCCAACCUCCCAGUGUUGGGCCUAGCACCAUGCUGCUGUCAGAAUCCAUGCAGCCAAUGGACGAUAUGAGAGGUCACACUCCUCACCCACAUCCAAUGAGCUUUAACGAACUGUAUUGACAUUUGCACAAAGAUUUUGUUCACGCGGAUGCUUGAAGGAAACAUUCUGGGUUAGUUAUGUAUGUAGAUUAUUGUACAGAAGUUUGAUAAGAUGGGAUUGGAUGCAAUAUUUGAGGAUUGAAGCGAACACUCAGGGUUAGAUUUUGGUAAGGAAGAAAUUUUUUGUAUCAUGUAUGUUAUGAUGAGUUUUCCUAUGAUGAUCUUUUCAGUCGAGUGUAAUCUUUAUUUUAUGUAUAUUUUGUAAAGUUUGUGGCGUUCAGUUGACCCAACAUAUUACGUGUAUAAUUUAUAGACUACCGAUUAAUUAGACAUAACUUUAAGAUAAAAUAAUUUGUGUCUAUCCCAUAUAAGUCGGUUUAAUCACUAAAUAAGUUAGCAGUAGGUACCUUUAAAGAUAGUUCCUAAUAAAUAUUUUGUAUUACCUUUUCUAUUAAGAUGUUUAGGAGCCAUGAUAUACAGCGUACUCGCGAUAUAGUUAACAGUUUGUAAGAAAUAUCCUUUAGAUAAUUUUAAUACCUAAUUAUCAAGUGGUCUUUUGUUUUUUUUUUGUAGAUAUAUCUAUGAACAUGCUAUACAUAAACCAGGCUCGUCUAUUCACAGUAACUGAGGUCAAAAAUACGGUGUAUACAACCUACAGUUACCUACACAUUUUUUUCAAAAUUUUUGUUCAAUUUAUUUGCGUGCAAAAGGUUCACAAACCCACGACUAUUACCAGCUCAAACCCACCUAAGGUUCAUUAUAGCAAACUAUUGUGGAGAUUUGCCAGUCUUCUCAUAUGACACCCACAGCGUCAAUUUACAUCAAAUAUCUCAUAAAGAAAUAGGGAGGGGUCACGGAGGGCACUGCAAACAAUUGACUACUACCAGUGCGAAGGAUGUGUUAUAAAACCGAGUGACAGAUUUUUGUCGCUCGGAAUAUACAUAUACGGUCGGGUUUUAUACGCACGAUUAAAUAUCGUUAGUGUGAAAGCGCUGUAAUUGUAGCUUUCGCUAUAAAAUAUAAAUAUGGGUUUGUACAAAAUUGACAGUUUUUUUUUUUUUGUGGGACUUAUAAACUUCUUUUGGUUUUUUAAACUUAUAUUUUAUAUUCUUACCCCGACUUUAUACUUGUAAGUCGCUUCCGUAAAAAUUACGCAACAAAGCUUCGUAAGUUCUACGAAAUUACUAUAAGCGGCUUACGAAUGGAGUUUACAUUUGUAAAAUCGUAAGUUAAUGACAAAAGAUACUUAUAAGUGUAAAGGCGUUAAAGUUAUUAACCAUAGGUAGCCAAGUAAAGAAGUGAUACUAGUCAAAACUAGUAUAGUAAGUGUUUGUAGUUCUAGGAGCUAAUUACAGGAUUGAACUAUAAAAUAUAAUUAAUUAGUAUAAAUACAUAUUAUAAUAUAUGCCCAGUUUAAUUUAACUGUAUCUAGGUAUCUAGGAAGUAUGAUUAUAUUUUCAAUGUUAGUUUGUAAUAAUUGAAUAUCAUAUUAUAGUUAUUAUACGAAGUUUUUACAGUCCUAUAUUUGUACGGACAUAAAUGUAAUAUGUUGUUUUUUUUUAUAUAUAAUUGCCUACGAAUUAAGUAUAUUUAAGUGAAACACUUGUUUUUUACCCUAUUACAGAAAUUCUUUACUGAAUGUAUUUCUGAUGCAAUUUAACGAGGGCUCGUACAUACAUAGACAUAUGUUUUGUCACGCUCUGAAUGGAGAAGGCGUGAGGGUACUCUCAAAACUGUUGCUAUGCACUCAGCCUACAAUAAAAAUGCACGAAUCUCGAUAAAAAUUCAUAACACAACCAUUAAAUCUUUCAUUAAUAAAAAACUAGCUUCCGCGGUUUCCUCGAGAUAACUGCUCCCUGUAGACGGAUGGUGACAAAAACUAUUUUGUGUCCUUCUCCCGGGUCUUCAACGGUUCAGCCAUUCUUGAGUUAUAUGUAGUGUAACUAAUACGACUUUCCUUUAUGUAAUUAAAUCCCUACAUAUAUAAAACAGACACCUUCUGCAUUUCUUUUAUUGUAGCACAAUACACAUACCUAAUUUUACGAUACCAAGUACACAAUUAAAACCACGUAGCAACAGUUAGAAAGAGCAAUUUAAAAAAAACAAUACAACUGUAUACAAGAACUUCAUGAUCCCUUGAUUACAUGAACUGGCAAUAAAAAGUAUAAAGUCUAAUUAAAACACUCGUAACCCUUGAAUUGAAGCUUCCAUAAUAUAUUUCCCCAACUUCAUAUGUUUUAGAACUAUAAGUUGUAAAUUAUGAUAAUCAUGUAAACUAUUAUAUUACUUAGAUUUAAUCUACGUUAGUGUACAUUUAUAUUCCUGAUAUGUAUUAUUAUUUAGAACUGUAUAAAUAGUGAGUUUAUUGGUACCUACCUAUGUAGAUUUGUAUUAUAAGUUAGACGCCAGGCUGUAAGCUGGUACUUAUAAACUUAUCCUAACACCAAAUUGUAAUCAAUUAACUGGGAUCCUUAGACCCCAGUUAACCGACAGCGUAAACGUCAGUUUUCUAAAAAAACAAAUUUCUUCUAAGAAUUUUCUCUUUCUAUUGUCAAGUUGUUUUAAAAAGGACGUUCAUGCUGCUAGUGAACUUGGGCUCUAAAUGCACUGUAUACGAUUUAUCCACUAUCCCAUUUUCAACUGUCAAUUUUAUGUGUCUGUUAUUCUGUUAUUCGACUCACUCAUAUGUUCGAAUAUACAAAUGACCCGUUCGGCAAAUGUCGAUAUUAUUUUUAAAUGGAAAUUGACUUUUCGCCAUUCAAUUUAAAACUUGUUUGACUCAUCAAAUACGUCGAAUAAAUCGUGGCAAACAUUUACAAUCAAUUUUGUAACUGAUUGAGUGUAAACUGUUUUUUUUUUAUAUGUAAGUAUACAGUUAAAAGCUUGUAAAUUCUAUUAAGUUGCGUUUCAGUAGUUUUAAGUUAUAAGUUCUAGAUUUAGUACGUAGUUUUUAGUGUUAGAUAAACAUAUUUAUACACGAAAAUGAUUUAAUAUAUUGACAUCACUUAUAUGGG